UGUCUUGGCAUGUUGAAGCAUUAAGAGUUCUUUUCACUGGAACUAAGGGGUCUAGCUCUAUCCCUUAAAACCAACCCCUGAAUUCAAUUAUUUGGAGGGAUGUCCCAAAACUUUUGGUAAUAUAGUAUAUCAGAGGGUUGGUGUAGGUGCAGGCUUUCGUUUCAAUCCAUCAGGAGCCACACCAGAUUCCACAUGUUUAAUCGGUUGACCUUUGCUUUCCAUAGGCUCAGGUGUGGCUCAUGUAUGGUUGAAAUGAUAUAGAACCCUUUCUGGAUAUGACUGGAUAUCCCUAUAUGAUAAAAAUGCAAAUAUUUUGAUAUCCAAUAUCUGUUUAAAUCAGACAGACUGAAAAUAGACUGUUGUUUGAGAGCUGGGUUUAAUUCGUCUAUCUGAUAUGUGCCUGUAAUUACUCUGGAUACUGGCUGUACUUUAUUUUACCAUGAUUACUGACAGCACCUUUAAAUAUUACUUUUUUUGGCAAAUUAAACACUUUUUUUGUUCAAUUCUCUUUCUGGUUUAUUUUUUCCCCAGUCAACAUACAAUCUGAAAUCAAAAUGAACUUCACAGUGCAGUAACAGACAUUUUGUUUGCAGUGGGUUAAGCAAUGUUGGCCUGUACGUUUAGUAUAUAUUAAGUUGUAUGUGCUAGUGAGACUGGGAAAUGGAGCCAAACUAUACCAACCUGCUUACCAGAAUACGGUAAAAUCAUCUCAGGAAAGGCUGUUAAUCAGCUGAUUAGUUGAGUCAGGUGUGUUGGGAGCAGAGACGGCACCAAUGUCUACAGGACCAGGGUUGGGAAGCUGUUCACUCUGUAAACUGGACAAUAAUUUUGACAAUAAUUUCAUGCCUUUUAAAAGUUUCUCUGAAGGUGAUGGGGAGUGUGCAUUCUAUUUAGAGAUCAUUUUGCGAUAUUACUUCAGUUAUUUUAUUUAGGCUUUUGACUGAUUACUAUAUCAAUUUAGAAAUAUUAUAUAUUAAAAAAUAUUUUUCAUGUUCAUAAAUCCUGGGAAACAAUUUAUUUAACAGACAAUUUUACGCUUACUAUAUAGUGAGUACAUUACUAUAAAAUAAUUAGGCUCUUGGGCUAACUAGUCACAGAGACACUGUCAAUCUAGUUAAUAUUAAGCUAAUUACUGGGCCUACAUUAUUUAAACCAAUAAGGUUGCUACAAGAUUAGCUGAUAUGUGAGGGCUAUAUAACUAGGCCUAAUCAGUUCACUUUAAAUGAGCAUAUUGCUGAUAAUAUCCCAUUCAUUUUUUUUUUUGCAUUAAACGGUUAAAUUGUUGGAUGUAUAUAUUUAAUACUUAUACAAAUACGAAUAUGUGAAAGCUUAUAUUCUAUAGAUAUCAAUUUAUAAUUUCAUUUCACUGUAUUAAAAAAUAAAUAUCCCUAAAAGUUUAUCCCAUAUAAUUACAUUAAGAUGAUGUAUUUACUAAUGGGGAGUAUAAAUCAUACACCCAAUUAAUUGUUCUUGCGCUGUCUCUAUACCGAUUACCGAACUCCGAGUUAAUAGGUGCGUUUUGUUUUGUUUUUUAUCUGGAAUUACGAUCCAUAAAUUGUACGAUUUCGUUUUUUUUAAUGAAAUAAGAUGCGUGGUACAAAUCAAGAUUUCACGUAUUGAGUUUAAAAAAUUUGUGCGCAUGCGCGGAGCAACUCCUGUUAGGGCGCAAAUCGAUUAACUGCACGGAGGUCGAAAAUGACGUAUUUCCGAGCUCCUACUUCCGAGUCCUGGCAGACAGUGGAAUGAGUCUGUUCGUGGACACACAGAGGAACAUACCUCUCACUGACCAGCUGUACCAGGCAGCGCGCGAAGCCACUGCGUGCUACAUGGACGAAACCAUGACUGAGGGAGUAACUGUGUAUGUUGCUGAAAACAAUCUGGAAACAGAAACAGCUCUCUCAGCUGAACCCUUCCCACCAAAUGAGUCUUUUAAUAAAGAGCAAACACGCUUCCUGAUCGAUUUGGUCCGCAGCCAGCUGGAGGCUGAUGGCAGAGGUCUCCCGAGAACUUUAAAGGAGCUGAAUUACCGACUGAAGUCUGCCAAAGGCCAGAAGAAAAACUUGUGGUUGGAUAUGGCCAGUAAACUCUCCAAACAGUUUAUGGAGACCUUUGACCCAAGUAAGGUGGCUAGAAAAUGGUACACGCUUGAGGAUGGAUACAAGAAAGUCCUAGAACAUAAUAGUAUAAGUAGUCCAACAAAAACUCGGUUCCAGUUUUUCACAGAGAUGGAAGAGCUGUUGGAUGGCCAUCAUGACAUUGAUAUGUCUGCUGUUGGCACGGUGCAAGGUGUAGUGGGGCGCAGACGAAAGACAUUGGGUAUUGACUGUCAAAGAGACUCACCUGCAGCAAGACAAACACCUGCAGCUUCACCAACACAACCUCUGCGCAAGCGGAGACGGCAAGAAGAGGACUAUUCAACUCUUCUGGACUUUUUAAGGGAAUCUGAGGCGGCUAGUCAGCGGCGCCAUGAGGAAAUGCUGGCUCAAAUGAAAUCUGCUCAGAAAGGGUUUGAGGAGCUAAUGUGCAAAUUCUUGGAGAAAAUGUGACCACCUCUAUGUGCACAUACAACACAUGCAUUGAUAUUCUGCUGUUACCUUUUCCCCCCCAACGUUUACUACUACUUGUGUUUUCUUGUCCUUGUUUCCUAGCAUAGCCUUAGAUUUACAUUGUUAAAGCUACUCAAUUUUUUAUGCUCAUUUCAUAUUAAAAUCAUUUCCUGUUGUUACCAAAAAGACUGUAGGAAUCAGGUUUGCUUUUAUGAAAUGUUAACCUGUUUUAUGGUCAGGUUAAAUUACUGACCCAAUUCCGAGAACCAGUAAACAUGUUUAAGUUUACAA